UGCGGGCCUGCACAGGCACUACAAAUAGUUGACAUCCAGGCACAGUCGUAGGCAUUUAUAACCUGGGAGUAUAUAUUAUACAGUAAGCAAGAAUGGGUAGUGGAUAUAGUAUCGGUGGUGUGGUCUUCGGUCAGCUGUUUAAGGCGAGAUCCUUCACCUCGGCAUACAAAGGUCCAACUAUUCCUGAUCAUGUCGACCUCACUGGGAAGGUCUUUCUCGUCACAGGGGCUUCUUCUGGUCUCGGAAAGAUGUUAGUAAUAGAACUUACUAAACGUGGUGCGGAUGUACAUCUGAUCAGUCGAACAAUGGAUAAAUUACAGAAGGUGAAAGCAGAAGCCGAGACUCAAGCUAAGGCUGAGGGUAAAAAAUCGGGAAAUCUAUCCUGUCACUCGUUAGAUAUGUCGGAUAUGAGUGCUGUGUGUAAGUUCGUAGCCGACUUCCCAAAGGAUAAGGCGAUACACUGUUUAGUCAAUAAUGCGGGAGCCUUACCCUAUGAGAGAGAAAUGGUGAGUGGUGGUAGACUAGAGAAGACGACGGCUUGUCACGUGGUAGGGCCGUACUUGUUGAUCAAAGGCUUACACGCACAACUGAAGUUAGGCAACGGGCGGGUCAUCAACAACGCGUCUGCUGGGCUAUAUGGCGCACAGAUGGAUGUGGCUGCACUCAAAGAUGGGUUCAAGACAUAUGUCAAGAAAGACAACAAAGUCGACGGCGCGUUAGUGUAUGCUGUAUGUAAACGAGCGAUGUUGGAGAUGAGCGACUUCUUGGCAGACUGCUACAGCGAGGAUGGUACUGUUAUCAUGACUAACCAUCCCGGGUGGUGCGAGACGGAAGGUUUGAAGCCUCUACUGGAUCAGCAUGCGGGAUACGGCAGCAUCACAUUCAGAGAUCCGAGGGAUGGUAUGAUGGGAAUGUACUACCUGUGUGUGGCGCCAGAGGUGGAUACUAGCUACUCAGGCAAGUUCUACUUCGACGGCAAGGCAGUGGAGAAACACCAGAUGUUCACAAGCACCUCGAGUUCGGAUAGGAGUGUCAAUGAAAUGAUUGCCUUCUGUGAGAAAUUUAAUAAGUUACCGGCAGGAUCCGAUGGGAAUUAGCGAUGUGCGUACGUCGUUUAUUAUAAAUAAAUUUAUGUACGUGUCUCACUGGGUCCGAUAUAGCGACA